UUUUCUUUCCAGUAUAUGGGAGUUUGGUAUGAAAUCCAGGCAGAGCCCAGCUUCUUCCAGAGUAUUAAGUCAUGUUUAUCAAGCAGCUACAAACAUCAUGAAGGUCACAUUGAGGUCAACUCUCAAGGCUUCGACUCAGCUGGGUCUCCAGUCUCCACCAAAUUUACUUUAAGAAUCGUGGAUCCGGAAAAUCCAGCUCAUAUGCGAUCGAAUUUUGUUCUAGGAGUUGAUCCUCCCUUCGAUGUUAUUGAUACCGACUACCAGAGCUUCUCAUGUACUCACUCCUGCAUCUCUAUAGGGGGCAUCAAGACAGAAUUUGUCUUCAUAUAUUCCCGUAACCGCACCCUCAACGAAGAUAAAAUUAAACAUUGUCACAGCAUUUUUGAGAGCUAUGGCAUUAAUGUAUCUACUCUGGUGAACACCCCACAGGAGGACUGCCACGACCACUCAGAUUUAUAAAUCCUUUCAUUAUGAUUUAUGGAGGAAAUUCACAUAAAAUCAGUGUUGCAAACUUAAUAAUAGAAAAGUUAAUAAUUACAUGGUAAAAUUUAUAUUGCCAUAAGGUUGAACUUUUUUAGUCGUUACCAUUGUAACUUGCUUAGCCAGUAGAAUUUUGAGACAGUCUUGGACCCAUUAAGUUCCACUAAUCUUUUGACUAAUAACUACAAUUUUGGGUACAGUCUUGGACCCAUUAAGUUCCACUAAUCUUUUGACUAAUAACUACAAUUUUGGGUAUGUAGUUCAUAAUAAAACCAUUAAGCUAAGCAAAUUUCAUAUGUACAAAGAUGUGUACUGGGUGUACUGGGGUAUAAGCAAGGUAACAUGAAAGAAUUCAGAAAAACAUAUUAGCUGGACAAGGAAGUGUGUUGGUGAUAUUGAUUGGUGUAGGGAGAGUGAUGAGUGCAUGGAUGGAAGACUGCCACCCCUCCAUUCCUCAUUUUGCUGUUAUUUUAUUCAGUAUAUAUGAUUCUUAUAUUAAAAACAAAUCCUGAAGUUUUUUUGUAUCAUACAGCACUUUAGUGUGAGGAUGUGUAAGUGUAAGGUUUAAUGGAGUCUAGGGUUGAUGCAGGUUCAAAGUUCGUCAAAAUUAGUGCAAAGAGUUAGCUUCAAAAAUUUAAGAGCAAGUCUACAUUGACGGUGAGACUUGCACCGAAGACAGUGUUUGUGUGAAAUUGAUGAAGUUGCUGUGAGUGAAUUCUGUCUUCCUUUGAUAGAUAGGAUGCUCUGACAUUUUGGUGAACUGAUAGCUCAAUCUGGCAGUCCUCAAAGGAAGGCACUCGGUAUCUCUCCAAACAGUAUUUGUGAGUCGUGUGUGUCCAAUUCUUAAUCAUAAUGUUUCCCAUACCUAACAGUGAUGUAAAGAUCUCCAGGAACCUAACUGCUGUUAGAUGGGAAAAAAAUUAUUAAUCCUUAAUAUUAAUUAACACUGAAUUUCAUUUAAAAAUAAAUGCAAUUAGAUUUGGAAUAUUAUGGUAUGGUAAGGUAUUAUGAGAGUUUUCGAGUUCCAAACAUUUGAGUUGUACACAAUUUUUAGGAACUCAUUUUGUUUAUUAGUUGGUUGUCUGUUGUAUCCCACUUUUAGUAUAAGUCAAGGAGACACACUAUUAUAAUAAAUGGUAAAAAUUCAUAUUUGUUUAGCUGGAAAAUCUGACAUCAUUAACAGUGUUUGGGAACCAACACAGUCUCUUUAAAUUUUUUAACGUGGUUAAUUUCAUUACAUAUCUUGUAUAACAGGAAAAUAACCAAAAAAUUUGAAAGGCAUACCAUCAAUUUCAUGUGAAUAUAUUAUAUGAUAUUAGUGUACCACACUGAAACAAGAUAAAAGAUUUAAAUUAGUCUAGGACAGACUAGAUUGUCAUUACAAGUUUUCCCUGCUAAAAUGCGAGUUAUUUGUGAAUUGUUCCAGCUAUGUUAUUUAACUUUCUACUCUUUAAUGUAGCAGUUUUAACAAGAAUAAAAUUCAGUAUGUCUCCCAAAAUACAGAAAAUACAUAGAGUAUUCACUUUUAAGGACAUGUUAAGCGAGUCACAGUGGAAGCAAUACUAUACGUGGGCUCAGAAACAACGAUAGGGCUCAAUCAUGUUAGGUGACUGAAAAUUAAAAGGCACAUUCAAGAGCUGCAGCUCGCCUCUCUGUAAACAGUACCCCUCAAGGGCAGUGCUUGAUGCUGGUGAGGAGUUCUUGAUCCAAGGAAUGGAACUUAGCCUCCCUUUCUUUGUAUCAAACCUGAAUGCCCCCCCAUUCCCCAGGCGCUGUAAGACCACUGAGUUUAGUGCUUUUUCCUGAUUGCAAAAAAUAUAAAAGUACUGUAGGCAAUUACUAAGGCUUCCACUAUGCUUCAGUGAUUGGUAUUGUUCAUUUUGUAUCACACAAAGUGAAGUGUUUUCAGGCUUCCAUUAAGCUUCAAUGAUUGAUAGAGGUUUACAUUGCUCACGAAGUUGAUUCAUAGAGACCUCAGCAUUCAUAGAUGGAAUAUUAAAUAAUUUUUAUUA